AUGGCUGCCGCCAAGAUUGAUGGCACUGCCAUCGCGAAGAGCAUUCGCCAGGGGUUGAAGACCGAGAUCGAGCAGAUCCAAGUGACAAACCCCAGAUUCAAGCCAAACUUGGUUAUCUUCCAAGGUACCUAUGUUCGCAUGAAGUUGAAGGCUGCUCAGGAGGCCAACAUUAUCUGCACUUUGAUCAAUGUGCCUGAAUCCAGCACCGAGCUGGAGCUCAUCCAAGAGAUCACCAGAGCCAACAAUGACCCCGCGAUCCACGGUAUCCUCGUCCAAUUGCCUCUUCCGAGCCACAUGUCCGAGCAUGCUGUUACAUCAACCGUUGCAGACGAGAAGGAUGUUGAUGGAUUUGGCGCAAUCAACAUCGGCGAGCUGGCCAAGCGCGGCGGCCGCCCAUUGUUUACUCCUUGCACUCCCCUGGCCGUCAUGGAGCUGCUUCAGGCAAGCGGCGUGAACCCCGCAGGCAAGGAGGCUGUGGUCCUGGGACGCAGCGACAUUGUCGGCAGCCCGGUCAGCUAUUUGCUGAAGAAUGCUGAUGCUACUGUCACCGUCUGCCACUCCAAGACACCUGAUAUCGCCCGUCUCGUGAAGAGCGCUGACAUUGUCGUGGCAGCCAUUGGCCAGACCGAGAUGGUGAAGGGUGAGUGGCUGAAGCCCGGUGCUGUGGUUAUUGAUGUUGGUAUCAACUACAAGCCUGAUGCGACUAAGAAGUCUGGUGAGCGCCUGGUUGGUGACGUGGACUUUGAGUCUGCUUCCCAGAUCGCCUCGCAGAUCACCCCCGUCCCCGGUGGUGUUGGCCCUAUGACGGUGGCCAUGUUGCUGAAGAACGUGGUUCACGCCGCCAAGGGCUACUUUGAGAAGCAGAGGGACCGCCAUGUCACCCCUCUGCCCAUUCGUCUCCAAAAUCCCGUGCCUUCCGACAUUGCCAUUUCGCGAGCUCAGUACCCCAAGCCCAUUACUCAAGUUGCCUCCGAGGUAGGCAUCGCUCCCCACGAGUUGGAGCCCUAUGGUCACACCAAGGCCAAGAUCAGCCUGAGCGUAUUGGACAGACUUGCUCAUCGUCGCAACGGAAGAUACAUUUUGGUUUGCGGUAUCACUCCUACUCCCCUUGGAGAGGGCAAGUCUACUACUACACUGGGUCUUACCCAAGCCCUCGGUGCCCACCUCAACCGCAUCUCUUUCGCCAACGUCCGCCAGCCCAGCCAAGGCCCUACGUUCGGCAUUAAGGGUGGCGCCGCUGGUGGAGGCUAUAGUCAGGUCAUUCCUAUGGAUGAGUUCAACCUGCACUUGACAGGUGACAUUCACGCCAUCACUGCCGCGAACAACCUUCUUGCUGCCGCCAUCGAGACUCGCAUGUUCCACGAGUCUACCCAAAAGAAUGGUCCUCUCUACAAGCGUCUCGUCCCCGCUAACAAGGGCAAGCGCGAGUUCAAGCCUAUCAUGUUCCGUCGCUUGAAGAAGCUUGGCAUUGAGAAGACCAACCCCGACGAUCUUACCGAGGAAGAAAUUGCUCGAUUCGCUCGUCUUGACAUCGACCCGGAGACCAUCACCUGGCGUCGCGUUCUCGAUGUCAACGACCGUCACCUACGCGGUAUCACGGUCGGCCUAGCACCCACCGAGAAGGGUCUGUCCCGUGAGACUGGCUUCGACAUUUCUGUUGCCAGUGAGUGUAUGGCCAUCCUUGCCCUGAGCAACAACUUGGACGAUAUGCGUGAGCGACUGGGCCGCAUGGUGGUCGCUACUUCCAGAAGCGGCGACCCCGUUACUUGCGACGACAUUGGUGCUGGUGGUGCUCUUGCUGCCUUGAUGAAGGAUGCCAUCAAGCCCAACUUGAUGCAGAGCUUGGAGGGUACUCCUGUCAUGGUGCACGCUGGUCCCUUCGCCAACAUCAGUAUUGGCGCCAGCUCUGCCAUCGCUGACAAGCUUGCUCUGAAGCUUGCCGGUACCGAGCCCGAUGAGGACCACGAAGCCAAGACUGGAUUUGUGGUUACCGAAGCUGGCUUUGAUUUCACCAUGGGCGGUGAGCGCUUCUUCAACAUUAAGUGCCGCUCCUCGGGUCUAGUCCCGGACACCGUUGUUAUUGUGGCUACUGUCCGUGCACUCAAGGUUCACGGAGGCGGCCCCGAGAUCAGCCCUGGUGCUCCUCUUCCCGAGGUUUACCGUACCGAGAACGUGGAUGUCCUGCGCAAGGGUUGUGUCAACCUUCGCAAGCACAUUUCCAACGCUAAGCAGUACGGCGUUCCAGUGGUUGUCGCGAUCAACAGGUUCGAGACUGACACCGAGGCCGAAAUCGCUGUCAUCAAGGAGGAGGCUAUCGCUGCUGGUGCUGAGGAUGCCGUUCCUGCCAACCACUGGGCUGAGGGUGGAGCCGGUGCCGUUGAUCUGGCCAAGGCCGUCAUGACCUCUAGCUCCAAGGAUAAAGAUUUCAAGCUUCUUUACAACCUGGAUGGAACUAUCCAGGAGCGCAUCGAGCGCAUUGGCCAAGCCAUGUACGGUGCCGAGAAGGUCGAGUUUAGCGAAUUGGCGCAGAAGAAGGUCGACACCUACACCAAGCAAGGGUUCUCGAACCUGCCGAUCUGUAUCGCCAAGACUCAGUACUCGCUCAGUCAUGACGCCGCCCUUAAGGGUGCCCCCACUGGAUUUACUGUGCCAAUUCGGGACGUCAGACUGGCGGUUGGUGCUGGAUAUCUCUACGCCCUCGCUGCCGACAUCCAGACCAUCCCCGGAUUGCCUACUGCCCCUGGCUACCUCAAUGUCGACAUUGACACUGAGACUGGCGAUAUUGAUGGAUUAUUCUAA